AUGGUCUCUCUAAAUUGCAGCGACUUGCUCCCUGCUUCAGACCCCCUGGUCCCCCCAGCUGGUGCCUCUUGGCUAGACAGCAACACUGAUGCUCGUAAGACAAAGAUGCCGUCUGCUGUUCUGCCAGAAGACUGUGACGCAGGAGCGUCUGACCCUCCGGAUGGCUCCAGUCUUCUCCUUCGCCAUGGCAGCUGCCCUGCGCAAGACGCCCGCCUCCUGGUGUCCAAGAUGAAGAAAGAAAGUGAGAAAUCCCAAGCCACCCUCUAUGAAGCUCAUCUGAAACUGCCUGACUUCUGCAAUGACCUCUCCAGAGAUUUCACCCCCACCCUCGAGGAGAUUGAGGAGUUCCUGAAGGAGAAGAUGGAGCUCCUCAAGGAUGAGCUGAGUGAGAAACAGCCCGUCAGAGGGAAGCUGGAGAUCAAGUCGGAGAUCAACCUGGGGAGCCCUAGGGAGCAGCCUACGCCCAGGAUGGCUCCGGAAGGGGGUGUGUUGAGCUCUGCUGAGGCUGGGGGGGUAGCCGGUGCUGUGGGCCUGACAGUGGGUAUUGGGAGCAUCCCCGUUAUCCUCCAGAUCCAGCCCGUCCAAAUGAACAGUGGGAGCCCCACACCACAAAGCGCUGUGGAUGGCAUCAGGGUGGCCCAGUUGGUCGUCAGCGUGCAGGGCCAAAGCCUGACCUUUGUCCCUCAGGCUGCCCAGCCCCCCGUGACUGUCUUGGACCAAAAGUACGUCAAAAUAGCCCCUCUGCCCAUCGCUCUGAGGCCAGCGGCGCUGGGGAGUCUGAGAGGGGUUGAGGCUUCCCCCAAGUUCCAGAAGGUCUCCCCUUCUGUCAUCCGGGUCCACAAGUGCACGCACCCUGGCUGCAGCAAGAUGUACACCAAGAGCUCCCACCUCAAAGCGCACUUCCGGCGCCACACUGGAGAGAAGCCCUACACUUGCACCUGGCCCAACUGCGGCUGGAGGUUUUCCCGGUCGGACGAGCUCUCGCGCCACAAGCGCUCCCACUCCGGCGUCAAGCCCUACCAGUGUCUGACCUGCGAAAAGAAGUUUGCCCGCAGUGACCACUUAUCCAAACACAUGAAGAUCCACAGGGGCCAGCGCAGCCGGACAGCUCAAGGCAGCGGCAGCAGUUAACCCUUUCCUCCCUGCCUUGCGGAAUUGGGUUGCAAUCCAGCAGAGCUGGAUACUGAACUGAACACACAGGGGUGUUUUUUGUUCAGAGGGGAAAAUAAUUUUCUUUUUUGUACAGACUGGAGAAAAUCCCAAGUCUACCUCUACCCAUGGAUGCCUUACAGUCAGGACUUGUCUCCUAUACUACUGUGCCACUUGUAAAUGCACAUGAUGGGCACCUGAGCUA